CCUCCUUCGCUUCUUCUCAGGAUAUCGCCGCUCCCUCCGACGCCAUACUGUUCAACCAUGGAUACCCGUGUACAGCGCCAGUUUCCUGGUGUGCACUGGAUCUGGGGCGGAGGCAUCUCAUUCGUCUACGAGGUCCACCCUCGCAUCGUGGUCAAAGUACCGAAGUCUGGGAAAAUCGAACGAGAGCAAUUCUAUAAAGAGCUUGAGAUAUAUAGGGUAUUCUUACGAAAUCCGCCGUGCCUCUCUAUUGUACAGUGUUUUUACUUUUGCAAGAGUGGUAGCUUCCUCGAAUGGAUGAACGAUCUUGCUGAAGGCGCCGCUUUCUUGGAAUCCCUAAACCUCGCCCAUGGUGAUUUACGGCCCGAGAAUAUUCUCCUUGAUCGCAAUCGACUAAAGCUAUCUGAUUUUGGCUGUGCCGCGAAAGUUGGAACACCGUACGAAGCUUGCAUGGCGCCGAGAAUGUGGGACGUUCGGCUUCCUUGGUCCUCGACAGAACAGUUCGCCCUCGGCUCCUUGUACUAUCUGAUAAACUACGGCUUCGAGGUUUAUGGAGAUCGGCGUCUUGCCGACAAUCCUUACGAGUAUGGCCCUAGGGUUGUGGACUUGUUGCAAAACAUGGAAUUUCCGAAACUGCAUGGUGACCCCUUGAUUGACACUGUCAUCGACAAAUGCUGGCAUAACACAUAUGUCUCGGUUUCAGAGUUAGCUGCGCACACGAAGACACUUUUGGACGAACGAAAAGAGGCGAUGCAAAAUAACGAAAGCAGAAAGGAAAGCAGCGCCGUGGCAACAUUCAGAUACAAUACGAGCAAGUAA